UAAACGAAUUUAAUAUAAUUAAUCUAAUUAUAUUCUGCCACUUAUUCUUUGGAAACUUCAGCUUAUGCAUCAACUAGAAAUUGUAGCGCAUCAGCAAUUCGGCCAAUGUUUGGCCGUUGCUGUCGAUUUUGCGUUGACUGGAAUUCCAAGAUAAAGAUAUACUUAAUCAGCUAGCUUUCUGUUGGUAUUGGGGAGUGUUUACUUUGUUACUUUCAACAGUUAAUCAUGACGGCGCGUCAUAAGCAGAAGUAUUAUAAAUUGGAGAUCAAUCGUACGGAAUGGGAGGUGCCAGAGAUCUACGAAAAGCUGCAAGCAGUUGGCUCUGGCGCAUACGGUCAAGUGUGCAAGGCCAGAGUUCGUGGCACAAACAAAUUUGUAGCAAUUAAAAAGCUAUCACGCCCUUUUCAAUCAACUGUACAUGCGAAACGCACUUAUCGGGAGCUAUUGCUGCUUAAGCACAUGGAUCAUGAAAAUGUAAUAGGUUUGCUGGAUGUGUUCCACCCAAACCCAGAGCAGACAACGCUUGAGAACUUUGAGCAUGUCUAUCUGGUGACACACUUGAUGGAUGCGGACCUCAACAAUAUUAUUAAAAUGCAAUCCUUGUCCGAUGAUCAUGUACAGUUUUUGGUCUAUCAAAUACUACGUGGCUUGAAGUAUAUUCACAGCGCUGGCGUUAUCCACCGGGAUCUUAAGCCCUGCAACAUUGCCGUCAACGAGGACUGUGAACUGCGCAUUCUGGACUUCGGCUUGGCACGCCCCACGGAAAAUGAGAUGACGGGCUAUGUGGCCACUCGUUGGUAUCGUGCACCUGAAAUAAUGCUCAAUUGGAUGCAUUACACACAGACUGUCGAUAUUUGGUCUGUGGGCUGUAUCAUGGCUGAGCUGAUGACACUUAAGACACUUUUUCCAGGCACGGAUCACAUACAUCAGCUGAACCUAAUUAUGGAAAUGCUGGGCUCUCCAUCAGCUGAAUUUUUAAGCAAAAUAACUUCGGAAAAUGCACGCAACUACUUACAAUCAUUGCCUCCUUCGCAGGGUCGUAGCUUUAAGGAUGUCUUUGCAAACGCGAAUCCAUUGGCUAUAGAUCUGCUGGAAAAGAUGCUGGAACUCGACGCUGACAAGCGCAUAACAGCCGAGCAGGCCUUAGCCCAUCCGUAUUUGCAAAAGUAUGCAGAUCCUAGCGAUGAACGUACGUCGCCUUUAUAUGAUCAAAGCUUUGAAGACAUGAAUUUAACCUUGGAGCAGUGGAAAGAGCUCAUUUAUAAGGCAGUCAUUAACUUUAAUGCCCCACCGAGUUUUGCUCAAGUUUUGGAAGGAAUUAAUUAAGAAUUGUAAAUAAUUUUAAUUUGACUCUAUCCGUUUGCCCCUUAAUCUAUUAUUAUUAUUAUUGGGGCUGUACAUGUUUUACUUUUAUGCUGUUAUUAAAAACACAUUGAACUUUCA